AUGUCUGACAGCGAUGCCGUUGAGUUACAACCGAAACGGCUGCCUCCUAGCGCGGAAAAAGGCUCAGAUUGGGAGCCUCUCGUUGAAUCGAAAUCUGGUCUCGAUAUCCCAGGGCGAAGCUCAGUCCAACCUCUUGAACCUCGCUACGUCGAAACGCCUGAAAAUGAGACUCACUCGGAGGACAUUCCAGCUCUCAACUAUACCCGAUAUUCACAAUGGUUCACGAGACCCAGCCAAAAGUCGAUUUUGGAAACCACUAUCACGACAGACACUUCUUUUACCGAACUUGUUCCUUACACCAAUGUAACAUAUUCGAAUUACGAAGCAACACGUCGCCCUAUAUCGUACAAAAAGACUCCCGGCUAUGGAACGGUUGCGACAUGUCCACUAAGCAUCGUAGCUCGUAACAUUGGGACCCUCCGCUACGGGGCCGGCAGAUAUCUUGAGUUGAUCACAGCCAGGAACAACGUAAAUGGAUCUUCUACACUUGGCAAAUGGAAACAACCGCUUGUUAUCACAAAAUGCUCUUCAUCCAAGAUUGUAGAUGGAGUCGCGAGUUUCUCCUUUGGCCCUCCAUUCUUCAAAGAAACUGCGGAGCGGCGCUUCCAACAUGUGAAGAUACCUUUGGCGAAACACCCCUGGCUACUCAACCUCAACACAACAGAAAACUUGAGUACCUCAGCCGAUCCUCUGGGAUACAGCUUCCUCAAUAUCAAAGAUGAGGUGAAGCUGCCGAUCAGCGCCGAUAUCAUGUUUGCAACGGUUAUGAAUGAAACCGUCGAUUCUAUGAAAGGCACACUCCCGCUACGGCCUUCAGCCGUCCAAUUUACUUUAUGUCUCGUGUCAGCACUAUGGACUGAAGCAGAUGUUUGGCUUGAGCCCCAAAGAUCCAAAGAUGCUCUGAGCCAUCUCAGCUUCGCCAAUGGAGAAGAGGUGGCUCGAAUCGCCGAGUCUUUCGGGACUCGAGAUUUCAUAGACAUACACGAAGAUUGGAUGACCGGGAUAGGUUCUGUGCCAACAUCUACAAACAUGUCAUCUUAUGACGAGGCCCUAAGGUUCUGCCUCGCAGCUACACCAUACGGAAUUUGGGAGCCAACAGUUUCCAGUCCAAAUCCUAUCCUGAACAGCAUUAGACACCUACAAAUUACAGUUCGCCUCCGUCUGCCGAGUCCUGACAAGCCCAAGUCUUCAGAGAAAGCGGCUAUGUUGCGCUGGCGUCAGUGUUGCGAGGCACUCGAACGUUCCGAUAACCUGGACUCUGUAUAUUUGUGGCUCGACGCCGACCCGCGUCAUCACCUCUACCUGAGCAAGUCACAGGGAAACAAUACCAGUCCUUACAUCUUUGGGGGAAAACUAGCUGUCAAACUCACGGCCGAUGCGCCAUUGAAUCCAGACAGACCUGAAGCUUGGGAUGCGGUCGUCAAGUUGGAACCCAAGCGAUAA